GACGAAACCAAAUGCUUAAUCGGCUUACUGUCAAGACGAAUAAGUCUAUCGUAAUUAGAUAAACUAUGAUCCGACUAAUCCACGAAUUUACAUAUGUAAAUUACCACAUAUAUUCCUUCGUUACCCCACUAGCUAGUACUAAUGAUUUUUCUCAAAAUAGUGGUAUCAAUAUCAUCAUCAACCAUAAUAAUAUCAUUUAUAUAGUAAUACCUAACAAACCAUUAUCUCUGUCUUUAUCUUUCUUUGUUUUAUUAUCUUCCUAGCUAGUAAUAAAAAGCAUUUCUCAAGUCAAUAAUAAACCAAAGAAAACAGUGAGGGAGGGCGAGGCGAUGCAUUACCACGGCUGCUGCUGCGGACGGUGUAGGGUAUCGACGUCUCCAUUGCCGGUAAUAGUCAUGAUCACGGUGGCGCUCGUCCUCUUAGCCCUUUCCUCCGCCGUGAAAUUCGAAGUUGCUGUCUCCUCAGGCGAAGAUGUGCUGAGCUGGCUUCUCCUCGCCGCGGUUCCCUUGGCUCUGCUCUUUGCCGUGAGAUGUCUCUCUUGUCUUGAAACGUCCAAGCGAUCUACUUACUACUGUCCUUGUGGUCGCUGGAGAUGCGUUUGCUACUACUAGUUCUGAUCUCGCGAGGUGAUCAAUGACAACAGUUAAAGCAAAGGAAAAUAAGGAAAAUUGACAAUGACGCUCCACCUACAUAUUGUCUAGGUGUACCCCAUUGGCCAUUACGAAAGAGAAAAGCAACACAAAUUUCUUACAGUAUUUAAUUAGAAAAUGACCAAUUAUCUGUAUCCACGUUAGCUUUAAAUUAUCUGUAUAACUCAUCUCUUACAUUUGAAAUUCCAAAAAAAACAUCUCUAAGAAAAGAAAAGAAAAAUGUAAUUCUUUAGAUAGAUACAUGGAAAAACUGGAUCAAGUGAAAGAAUACACACAAAAUUCUAGUCUUUAUAGUAAGACACCGAGCUCAUUUUUAUAGUAUCUAAUUGUAUGUCAUUAUAUUUUAUUUUCUAA